AAUCUGGGGGCAAAACCUGGUCACCUUUGACCAAUGUCAUGGUCUUGAAAUACUCCUUGGGCACCCUGAAGACCCUGAGUUUGUUGUGUUAUGUUUCUCCAGACAACUCUGCAUGUCUGAUCCCGAUUCUUGUAGUAUGUAUGUCGUCAAACUUCUUCUUGUGCCUUAAUGGGCGUUACUCGUUGAUCGAAUCCCAAGGUCGCAUGCAUUGUCGCCACCAUUGGCCCUAUGAGCUUGGGGUAUGAGCUCGGAGUCAGAGCCUCAACCUGGAUCUAGUCAUCAUCAUCAUUCUCCUCCUCGUCCUCCUCCGCCUCCCCAUCCCCCACGGACCUCUGAACCCAGUUCUUCGUCCUCGGAAGCGCUCCAGUGUCUCCAAACCCAGUAUCCUGACACUGAAGACGAAGACGAUCAACAGCUAGAAAGUGAGUUAGAAAGUGAGCCACGGAAGAGCCCGCGCAAACGCCGCCGCGAUUUGGGAGUCUGGGCCAAAUCUUGGCACGCCGAGAGUCAACCCUUGGACCUGGACGGCUUGCCCGUGGAUGAAUCCGGUGAUCUAGACGUCGAUCGGGUCCUCCAGGAUCCAGAUUUUGACCCGGGCACUUGGCUCUUGCACAAGAUCACUCAGAGUUUGUCUUUAGAGCCCGGGCAUGACGGAUUAACGGGUUUGGGGAGCCAACCCACGGAUUGGACUUUAGACGUGAGCACUUUUCAGCUCAAGCCCCGCCUCAAGCAAAGCCGGGACGAGGAGGCGUGCACUAGCGGCAGUUCUACCGCGGCAGGUGUCUCUAUCCCGGUCAAGAAGAAAUCCGUCCCGCCCAUUCCGGUGGAAGCCCCCGAUGCUAAAGCUGAGGCAUCUUUUCGCGUGCCCAAACUUCGUAACCGAAAGUUCAUUUUCCAACCAUUUAUCCGGUCCCCAGACCACGGGCAACUCGCUCAUGACCCUCAACGAGAGCCCGUGUCGGUGGUGAUUGCUGAGCAAUUAGCCGCAUCCUUUGGUUUGUACAUUUGGCCGUGUGCUCCGGUGUUGGCUUGGUACAUUUGGUUGCAUCAAGACGAAUUUGUGGGCAGAUCAGUGUUGGAAUUGGGAGCUGGCACUUCUUUACCCGGAUUACUGUGCGCCAAACUCGGAGCGGAGCGGGUGUGGCUUUCGGACAAAACGCGACAAACCCCUGUUUUGAAUAAUAUAGAACAGGGUGUGCGGUUAAACGGGUUGACCGAGAAAGUGAGCGUCAUUGGGCUGACUUGGGGUGAAUUUGACCCGGAUCUGUUUCUCUUCCAAAACGGCCAGCUCGAUUAUAUCAUCGGUUCGGAUCUGUUCUUCGAUCCCGAAGUGUUUGAACCGCUGAUCGUGACCGUAGCUCUCUUACUUGAAUUCAACCCGCAGACCCAAGUCCUGAUUGCCGUACAAGAGCGUUGCGGCGAAUGGUCCGUCGAGCGAUUGUUUCAUAAGUGGAACUUGCGAGGCGAUUUCAUCUACCCGGAAACGUUCCUCAAGGGAACCGGGAUCGAAGCGGCCGAUUUGACCGGCAAACACUCGAUUUCCAUCCUGAAGAUCUUUGCCGGCACCAAAGUCAAUCCAGAGUGA